AUGGCGUAUGCACGACAUCGAAGUAGUUCUCGUCGUAAAUUGGCUUUGGUCAUUGGAAAUGGUGAUUAUGUGAUGGGAAGGCCUUUGUUUAAUACGAGAAAUGAUGCAAAGCAAAUGGCAAAUGUUCUAAUAGAUCUCGGCUUUCUCAUCUAUGAGAAUGAACCAAAACUCGAUUUAACUUACGAGCAAUUUUCAAUAACAAUAGCGAAUUUUCUCUGUUCAGUUAAGCGGAAUGAUUUGGUCUUAUUUUAUUUUGCUGGACAUGGCAUUCAGUGUGAGGAUCAUAAUUAUUUGAUUCCAAUUGAUAACUUCAAAGAAGAAAAUCACGAUUUAAUCGAAUUGAGUGGAACAGAUUUGAAAAGACGCGCAAUUAAUGCACAACGCUUCCUUAACGAUCUCGAUGACCGUGAUCCGUUUACAGUUUUAUUUUUCUUAGAUUGUUGUCGAACAUAUCAUUUAAGACAGGAAGAAUCAGAAAGAAAUUCAUCCCGAAAUGCGUUCUCGACUCAAAUUCAUGGUCUAAAACCAAUGUCUGUCAAAGCUGGAUCAUUAAUUGCAUUUGCUUGUGCACCGGGAACAACUGCGGAUGAUGGAAAUCAAAGAGAAAAGAAUGGAUUAUUUACAAAACAUCUUUUAAAACAUCUUCCAACAUCAAAUGAAAGUAUUUUUGGAGUACUGACAAAUGUCUCGAAAGGAGUUGUUGAAGAAUCAAAUAAACAACAAAUUCCACAUCUCACUGUUGCAAUGACAGAAAAUAUUUUCUUAUUCGAUCAGCGUCAAGGAAAUCUUUCAACAUCAAUAAAUCAUUUGUCAAUAUCAGUGGAAAAGAAAUCUUCUUUAAACAACAAGACUUCGACAACAUCUCAAAUCAAAUGUAACCAAUGGAGACGACAAGGAAUCACUAUCGCUGGAGGAAAUGGUUCCGGAGACUGGUUAAAUCAACUAUCAAUUCCUUUUGGAAUUUUUUUCAACAAAUAUUCACAAAUUUUUGUUGCGGAUCGGGGGAAUCAUCGAAUUAUGAAAUGGGAACUAAAUCAUAAUCAAGGAAAAGUUGUCGCUGGCGAAAACGGAAAAGGGAGAUGGAUUAAUCAAUUGAAUUAUCCGACGGAUAUGAUUGUUGACGAAGAGUAUAACUCACUUAUCAUUUCUGAUCAUAGAAAUAGAAGAGUGAUACGAUGGUGGAAUGAAGAUCAGCAAGAGAUUCUUAUUGACAAUAUUUCAUGUUCUCGGAUAGUGAUGGACAAAUUCGGAUUUCUUUACGUUUCUGAUGAUGAGAAACAUGAAGUGAGAAGGUGGGAAAUAAAAGCUAAAAGAAGAGAAGGAAAACUAGUUGCUGGUGGAAAUGGACAAGGAUAUCGGCUUAAUCAGCUCAAUAAUCCUAACUAUGUCUUCGUUGAUGAUGAACAGUCUGUUUAUGUUUCAGAUUGUGGAAAUGAUCGUGUGAUGAAAUGGAGAAAAGAUGCUGCGCAAGGAACUGUCGUUGCUGGUGGAAAUGGUUGCGGAAGGAAGUUGAAUCAACUGAAUGGGUCUCAAGGGAUCAUAGUUGGUGAAUUUGGGCAAGUUUUUGUUGCAGAUAGUAAUAAUCAUCGAGUCACGUGUUGGAGUGAAGGAGCUGAAGAAGGGGAAAUCAUCAUUGGUGGAAAUGGGCGAGGAGACGAACCCAAUCAAUUGUGGAGUCCCAAUGGUUUAUCACUUGAUAGUGAAGGCAACCUUUAUGUUGUUGAUAGUGGAAAUCAUCGAGUGCAGAGAUUUGAUGCAAUUUGUGAAUAA